UUGUGAUUCUAUCUCAUGAAACGACUCUAAAUCUGCUGUUUAUCAGGCUGAAGAAGAAGCAAGCAGGAGGAAUUACUCCAGGAGAAACUACUGACAUACUGUUGGAAAGAUGGAGUUUGAGGAAGAACCCUGCAGAAUGAGAGAUGAAGAUACAGAGGAACAAACAGACUCAAUGGAAGUGAAUAAGGACAAGCAGCAUCGGUUUAAAAAACCUUAUGACACAGAUGAAGAUGGAAAAGCUAUCAUUUCACAAACCGAAAAAAAACAAGCUGAGAAAACUGGAGUCAAAGGAUCUUUCGCCUGCACAGAGUGUGGAAAGAGUUACACACGUAAACCAGAACUUAACAGACACAUGAGAGUUCACACUGGAGAGAGGCCUUAUGCAUGCACUCAGUGCGGGAAGAGUUUUGCACACAGAUCAAAACUUAACAGACACAUGAAAAUUCACACUGGAGAAAAACCCUUCACAUGCACUCAGUGUGGAAAGAGUUUUACUCUAAAAGAAACCUUAGAAAAACACACAAGAGUUCACACUGGAGAAAAACCAUUCACAUGCACUCAAUGUGGAAAGAGUUUCACAUCCAAAAGCUUUCUCCAAAUCCAUCUGUCUUCUCAUGCUGGACUGAAGUCGUUUUUCUGUGAUCAGUGUGAUAAAUCAUUUGUUUCUCCAUCAAGUUUAAGAACACACCUUAAACUUCAUACUGGUGUGAAGCCUUACUUUUGCACUUUUUGUGGAAAGAGUUUUUCACGACAGCAAACUUUAAAAGAACACGAGAGUAUUCAUACUGGUGUGAGACCUCAUUUGUGCUUUGACUGUGGAAAGACCUUUGUUAAACCCAACCUCUUAAAACAACACCAGAGGACUCACACUGGAGAAAAACCUUACAAGUGCUCACACUGUGGAAAGAGUUUUAAUUACUCGUCAUAUUUAAAAAAGCAUGAGAUGAUUCACACUGGAGAGAAGCCACACCAGUGCUCUUCAUGCGGGAGGAGUUUUGCCCGACUCUGCUCUACAGGUUCAUAUGAAAAAGCAUGGCCCAAAGUUGUCUAAA